UCUAUUUAGCAAAGUUCCUGUCAUCUCAUUUCUUGCGAUAUAAUCUUCCAGAGACAUUCACAGACAUCCACAAGCACCGCAAACGCAAUCAUGGCCGCCAAAGCAGCAAAGAACAAGCCUCCGGUCUACGUCUUGGGCGUGGGCAUGACCAAGUUCAUCAAGCCCAGAGGAAAGGUCGACUAUACUGAGCUGGGUUACGAGGCAGGCAUCAAAGCUCUUGUAGACGCACAAACGAACUACGAUGACAUCGACGCUGGCGUUGCAUGCUACUGCUAUGGCGACUCCACCUGCGGACAGCGAGUCUUCUACCAAUUCGGCAUGACACAAAUCCCCAUCUACAACGUCAACAACAACUGCUCUACUGGCUCCACGGGUCUGCACCUCGGCCGCACCAUGAUUGCAGGCGGCAUGGCCGAUGCAGUCCUUGUCGUGGGCUUCGAGAAGAUGAACCCAGGCUCUCUCCAAUCCUACUUCCGUGAUCGUGCCAACCCAACCGGCACCACAGGCCUCAUGAUGCAAGCAACUCGCGGACGUACCAACGCCCCCGAAGCCGCCCAAUUCUUCGGCAACGCUGGCCGCGAGUACAUGGAGAAGUACGGCGCAAAGACCGAGGACUUUGCUGAGAUCGGCCGCAUCAACCACGAACACUCAAAACGCAACCCAUACUCCCAGUUCAUGGACGAAUACUCCCUCGACCAAGUCAUGAAAUCCACCAUGAUCCACGAACCUCUCACGAAACUCCAAUGCUGCCCAACCAGCGACGGUGGCGCCGCCGCAGUCCUCGUUUCCGAGAAAUACCUCAACGAGCGCCCCCACCUCCGCGACCAAGCAAUCCUCAUCGCCGGCCAAACCCUCGCAACCGACGCUCCAAGCCUCUUCUCCCGCUCCUCCAUCGACCUCAUGGGCUUCGACAUGACCGCCUACGCCGCCAAAACCGCCAUGGAAGAAGCCGGCGUCAAGCCAUCCGACGUCAAAGUCUGCGAACUCCACGACUGCUUCUCCGCAAACGAAAUGAUCACAAUCGACGCAAUGAAAUUAUGUCCAACAGGUAAAGCCCACGAAAUGGUCCGCAACGGAGAUAUCACCUACGGCGGAAAAAUGGUCAUCAACCCCUCCGGAGGUCUCAUCUCCAAGGGUCACCCUCUAGGCGCAACAGGUAUUGCUCAAUGUGCCGAACUGGUCUGGCACUUGCGAGGUUGGGCCAACAACCGUCUUGUUCCAGACACCACUGUUGCGUUGCAACACAACCUUGGGUUGGGAGGUGCUGUGGUCGUGACAGUUUACAAGAGAGCAGAUGGCGCUGCACCAAAGAAGGUCAGCGAUGAGGAGGUUGCACAGAAGACGAAGAUUGGAUAUAACCCUGCCACGCAAGCGAGAGGUUUCACCAAGAAGCAGGCGGAUGAGGUCAGGAGUAAGAAGAUGAGGAGUGAUUGGGCUCUGCAAGACAUUGAGAAGAAGGUUGAGUCGAGGUUUUAG